CUUCUAAAAUCUAAAGUAUAAACCUCUCUCUCGGUCUCGGACAACCAACCAAAACCCACAAGCUGAGCCCCGAUAAAACUACCGGAACUCCGGCCCGGCUCGGAUGGCGGCAAUACCGGCGGUUGCGGCGGCGUCCACCUCCGCCUUCACCUUCCUCAACCUCUCGACAUCACUUCCGCUUGCUCGCAUCACUCACUGUCGUCUCCGGUGCGUAAUCGCAUCUUCGCUCUCCACUUCCGCCAAUACUGAAUUCAACAUCACUUUCGCUCCUCCCAAGCCGAAGCCGAAGCCUUCACCUCCGCCUAUAACCUCAACCUCAAACUCCGAGGAGCAGCUCUACACCCCAUGGAUCGUGCGGGAUGGGAAAGGGAAUCCCGCUCCAGCGAGUCUUCUCCACGCGAUGGCCAUUGCCAAGACGAGCAAGAAGAAGAAGAAGACGACGACGAUGAAGAGCGAGAAUGCUCCUAAAUCCAAACCUGCGGCGCUCUCAACUGAGCCUAAGUAUUCGAAAGCUGCCCGCCGGUUCUAUAACGAGAAUUUUCGAAACCCUGCACAACGCCUCAGUAAAAUCCUCGCUGCUGCUGGAGUGGCAUCAAGAAGGAGCAGCGAAGAACUGAUUUUUCAAGGUCGAGUUACUGUAAAUGGUUCAGUUUGUAAAACUCCACAGACUAGGGUUAAUCCAGAAAAGGAUAUAAUUUAUGUUAAUGGGAACCGUUUAUCCAAGAGGUUGCCCCCAAAGGUUUACUUUGCAUUGAACAAACCAAAAGGGUACAUAUGUUCAUGUGGGGAGAAAGAGACCAAGUCGGUCAUGAAUCUUUUUGAUGAUUUUAUGAAGAGUUGGCAUAAGAGGCAUCCAGGAGAACCCAAGCCACGGCUAUUUACAGUGGGGCGCCUUGAUGUAGCCACAACUGGCUUGAUUAUUGUGACAAAUGAUGGGGAAUUUGCUCACAAAAUUUCGCAUCCUUCAUCAAAUCUAUCAAAGGAAUAUAUUGCAACAAUAGAUGGUGAAGUCAAUAAGCGACACUUGAUUGCCAUCAGUGAGGGAACAGUCAUUGAGGGCGUCCACUGUACCCCAGAUCUUGUGGAAUUACUACCAAAACAACCUGAUAUCUCAAGGCCACGACUUCGUAUAGUGGUCCAUGAAGGGAGAAACCAUGAAGUUCGGGAGCUUUUGAAAAAUGCUGGACUCCAGCUGUAUGCACUGAAGCGUGUGCGAAUAGCUGGGUUCAGGCUUCCACCAGACCUUAUGCUCGGGAAGCAUGUUGAACUAACUGCAGGAAACAUGAAGACAUUGGGGUGGAAGAAAUAGGAAAGUUGAAUGGACGCUCGCGUGAUUUAGUUUCAAAAGCACACUUUGCUGAAGAUUUUGAUGGGAUUCAAUUGCUAAUAUACUAGUUAGCAACAGUCCUUGAGAAUUCUAAGGAUUCAGUUUAUCUGUCAGUUCUCAUAUGAUGAUGAAUGCCUGGCAUGUAAACAGACCAAAUCCCACAGGAAAAGAAGAGACGACAGAUGAUAUCAAAAUUAAAUAAAGAUUCAAUUUUAUUUGAAUUUGGGGGUGGGUGGUUUAUGUAUUUGGGUAAUUCCAGUGGUAGAUAGGAUUGAUGCCUGUAAUGUGGUGUUUUCAAAAUGAUGGCCAUAUGGGCAAUUGCAAUUAGAUUCAAUCAUACUCUUUAAUGAAAUUGUUACAAUUCAAAGCCGAAGAACUUCUAUAGCUUGUUGGGAUUUUAACUUUUAAUGAAUGCGUUAUCAA